AUGCUAAAGGCAAGAUUCGACAUGAAAGAUAUGGGUCUGGCAGACGUCAUCCUUGGUGUGAAAAUCACAAGGACUGAAAAUGGACUUACUUUGAAUCAAACCCAUUAUGUGGAUAAAAUUCUUGAGAAGUUCAACUCUGGUGAUACUACUGUAGCUAGCACACCAAUUGAUACAAGUCAUCGUCUAAGUAAAAAUAGAGGUGAAGGGCUUACACAAGUCGAAUAUGCAAGAAUCAUUGGUAGUUUGAUGUACCUUAUGAGUUGUACCAGACCCGACUUAGCUUUUGCAAUAAGUAGACUAAGUAGAUAUACCAGUAAUCCAAGUGCUGAACACUGGAAGUGUAUUAAAAGAUUAUUACAAUACUUAAGGUACACUCACAAUUAUGGGUUGCACUAUACAAGAUAUCCCGAGGUCAUAGAAGGGUAUAGUGAUGUAAAUUGGAUAUCUAACAUUAAAGACUCCAAGUCAACCAGCGGGUUUUUGUUCACACUUGGAGGUGGAGCUAUAUCAUGGAAAUCUUCAAAACAAACAGUUAUAGCUAGAUCCACCAUGGAAUCUAAAUUUAUAGCACUUGAUAAAAGUGGAGAAGAAGCUGAAUGGCUACGACAAUUUUUGGAAGAUAUACCAGGUUGGCCUAAACCAGUUUCUGCAAUCUCAAUCCAUUGCGAUAGUCAAUCGGCAAUUGGACGAGCGCAAAGUGCUAUGUAUAAUGGUAAGUCUCGACACCUCCGUCGAAGACACAACACCAUUUGA